UUGUUGCCGAAAUUUGUAGGGAGGGCUUGCGGGAUCACGUUGGGUACGGGUGAUACCGUGUUUGACACCAGCUGCCAUUUCGCCCGCUCGUUUCCUAUUGGCUCAGGGGACUCGAAUUUCCACUGUCCCACGCAUCUACCCCCGACGUCCGCCACAAUGUACUGGUUCGAUGUGGGGUGUCGGGUGCUUGCACGGGUGGACACGGGGACGGUGACGUUCGUCUGCGCCGAAUUGCACCGGGACGCCGCUGUCGGGCCCAGUAUGUUCUGGACUGAAGAUGCUCUGAAGGAAGCGUGCACGGAAUGUCUCACUGCGCAGCAAUCGAAGCUAGCGUCUGUGCCUAGUAUUUUUAGUGAGGACGCCUUCCAAUCUGAUGACGAAGAAAUACAUAUCAAUAACCUGACGUAUCCGGUUUUGGCGAACGUUCUGCUACAUUUCGAUAUAGUUGCUCAACUGUGGUUAAAUCGACAAGUGCCGAGGACUCACGAUCAAGCUUUAUUGACAAGUAAUGCUGAAUAAAUACCGCGUGAUAAUGCGGGAAGAGAACAAAGAUGGCAGUCUGGCCUAAUAUCUAAA